CGACACUACUGUUAGGUACACUCCUGCUCAAUCUUCCAGCUGGCCACAUGGAGAUCAUCUUUGAGUCACCCGAGCAUAGAAGGCUGGUUGACAGGCUCCCCUUCACCGAAACUGAGCGCCGCCACGUCCGUCACCUGGUCCUCCGCACAAGGAAUUCCAAGAUAAGAGACGAACAAGUAGCUAAUGAAAUCCUGUUCUGCCGGUCUCUGGAGUCGGUAGUGUUAUCUGGAGUACCGGACACCUCGGAUAAAACGGUGACCAUGCUCGCGCAGUCGGCCCCAAAACUCAGGGGCUUAAACUUGGCAGGUUGUAGGUUUGUGACAGACAUUUCUGUCGCCGAACUUGUCAGCAGAACACCUCCCAUUGAAUGGCUACACCUUAGCAGAGUGGUCUUAAAUGACAGCACUGUGUCGGCUGUUGCAAGGACUUUCUCCCGUCUCGUCGAGCUCGAACUUAACGAUAAUCCCUUGCUAACGGCAAUUUCUGUCCGCGACAUCUGGUCAUUCUCCAGAAAGCUGCGAACACUGAAGCUGGCACGAUGUAACAUGCUAACGGAUCAGGCUUUUCCUUCACCCUACCACGAGGAUUACAAAGGCCCUAGACAAGAUGAUGAAAAACCACUCCCGCAUCGUCCAUCCACUUGGCUAGAUCAGAUGCCUCCUCUCAUUCUGAGAUACAGUGCCAUUGAAUUGCGGGUGUUGGACAUCAGCUACUGUAGCCAGGUUACCGAUGAGGCGGUUGCAGGGAUUGUGUUCCAUGCACGCCUUCUUCAUACCCUCAUUCUAGCCGGUUGUUCCAAGCUCACUGACCGAGCUGUGGAAAGCAUCUGCAUCUUACAUACACACCUGGUAGUGCUCGAUCUCUCGCACAUUCCGAACCUGACGGACUAUGCCAUCACCAAACUGGUGCGGGCGUGCACCAGCUUGCAGCAUGUCGACGUUGCGUUCUGCCGUUAUCUCACAGACAUGGCUGUUUUCGAGUUAGCUGGCUUGGAGCGACUCCACCGACUAAGCGUUAUCCGCGUGCAUAAGAUUACAGACAAUGCCAUUUACUUCCUGGCCGAUCAUGCGAAGUCGCUGCAACGGCUUCAUAUCUCCUAUUGCGACCGAAUCUCGCUGAAGUCUCUCCAUCACUUGCUUCGGGGCAUACCUUGUUUACAGCAUCUCACUACCACCGGCGUACCGUCAACUCGGAGAAGGGGCGUCAGUCGAUUCUCAGAGGCUCCUUCCGAGGAACUUGAACCAGACCAGCAGGCCGUCUAUCGUGUUUUUACAGGAAGCAAUAUCGGUGCUCUAUGCGCCUUCUUGGACAAAGAGACUCAACGCCGACGAGAAUCUGAGGCUCGAAACAUACCUUUCAUGGCUCGAUCAGAUGACGACAUGGGGCUUUACUAGACGUCAUCAGAUUGAAAGCGCUGUCAAUGGCAGCAAUAGCUAUCAAGUCCUUUGAUUGUCAUGUGCCGAAAUUACGGUUCAGUAUUCUGAACGCGGAGUCCUGUUCGCUGGUAGUGGUUGACAUGGUGGGGUUGGAUGAUGCAAUGGUCUGAGGAUUGGAUUCGGAUCUAUUCGGGUAUGUAUGAUGGGGUAUUCCCAUUAGGCGUCGACGUGUUGUAUUCUAGCAUUUUCUUGAUAAGAGUUUGUGUGGAGUUUGUUACCUUCAUGUCUUCUUACUCACAAAGC